GUCGCCGACCCAGAUAGCGCGCCCGGAGGCGACCGACUCGCGCCGGAGGAGUCCCGAGCGCGGAGGUCUCGCGUUCCGUGUGCGUAGCGCCUCGGUCGAUGAACCGUUACGCUGUCGGUCCUCGGUACCCGACCUAACCGCCUAUCGCUAUCUACUUCAUACAUAUUGAUUUUUGAACUGGUGCGUCAUCGUCCAUUUUCAUUCAUAUCCAAGAAACGCGUGCUUAUUAGCGUGUUGGUAUGGUUUACACUAACAGUUCCAGACAAAAUUACGUACUACAUAAAGUACCUCUGGUCCGGUUUAGAGGGUAGAAGUGAACAGUUGGAACAUUACCGUAGUGAACGUCAUUACGACUCCGCCGGACCGAUAUCGGGCGCUUAGUUCGCUCCGCCACUCCGUAGCGAAAGCCUGACCGCCAGCACAUCCAAGGCUGGAAGUGCACACUGGCCGGUGGCGCGUGACGAAGAUCGAUACAUCGGUGAGUGCUCAGUUCGAGCCGCCACCGGGCCGGCCGCCGCUGAGCGCAGAGUUCAGCGCGUUGGCCGCGGUGAGCGCGUGCGUAUCGAUCGCGGCUCGGGCGGGCGGCAGGCGAGGCGGGCGGCGCAGCGCGGGGGCGACUCCCCACAUCGAUCGCCGCCCCGCGCGGUGGCGGCGGGCGCUAGUAGGCGCGCACCCGCGACACGGCCGGCAGCGCCACGGGCCCGCAGCCGCAGCCCCUGCCUCAAGCCGCGAGCCGAAGAGCUCCAGUCGGUAAACGCCGACAAUGGAGGGAGGCGCGGGUGUGGGCAGCGUAACUUCCCUAACGAUGGACUGCGAGGAUAUGUUCAAAGAGAUAACAAAAAAAUUAUACGGCGAGGAGGCAACCGUCGGUGUGGGAGUGGGAGUGGGCGUGGGUGGCGUAGUGGGCGUGGAAUUCCCUGCUGCGGAGCGAGAUCUACAGGAUGACGAGUUGCGCCCUGAGGAGCACAUCACUGCGUGGGGUCUCGCUGCGCUCAUGCAAAAUGGGUUUCCUCCGCCGGGAAUUUUACAGGCUAACUUCACGCCCCGCACGGACCCGACUGCCGAGGACCGGUGGACGGCGGCGGAGGAGCCGCUGGCGUGGGCGCAUUCGCGUGUCGCCGCCUACAACCCCGCGCAGCGCCUGUUCAAGUGCGCGGACUGCGAGUGCGUCGGGUUCCUCGCCCGCGUGGCGGAACACUGGCUCGGCACGCAUUCGCAGGCCCGCGCCUUCCAGUGUCCACUGGCCGGGUGCGGGUUUGCGAGCGGGUGGGCGCGCGCCGUGCGACAGCACCUCGCCCGCGACCACCACUCUGACCCCGCCGCCGCUGACCACCUCCUGCGCGACAACCCAGCCCUCGACGACCUCACACGUUACCUCCAGCGCCUUAAAACUAAGGUCGAGACCGCACGCACCGACAGGCGAACUAGCGCCAGCACCGCAGUCACGAGUGCCGUCGUAGGGGAGACGAGCGCGCCGCAGUCCGAGAGUGGCGGCGAGGGCGGGAAGCGUUAUGCGUGCGCCGCCUGUCCGUACGCCACCGACCGCCGUGACUUAUUCACGCGCCAUGAAAAUAUUCACCGGGACGAGAAACCCUUUCACUGCUACCUGUGCCAGAAACAAUUCAAUAGGGCAGAUCACGUCAAAAAGCACUUCCUGCGCAUGCACCGAGACCAGCCCUACGACUUGAAUCGCAUUCGGCGCACCAGUGUGAAGACCGCUACAAGCGGAGCAGGAGCGACGCUGUACUGUGGCACACAGAGUGGUGGCGGCGCCGUGGCGACUGCGACCAAGGCCACGGACACGGCGCUGCCCACCCUUCCGCCGGCCCCUCCUGCCGAGUGUCGCGCCGCGCCCGUCAAGCUGGAGCGCGUGCCCCUUGUCAAAACCGACACGGCAGCCGCCGCGACUCACAAGCCUAGUGCUUCGAGUCCAGUACGACGCAAGCAGGGGGAAAGGCGCUACGCUUGCUGUUACUGCGCAUGGUCCGGUGUAGACAACUGGUGUCUGAAGCGGCAUCUCAACACUCACUUGAAACCGUUCGCGUGCGCUCUGUGCGAGUACAAAGCGGCGCGCGCCGAACGGCUCGCCACGCACGUGCACAAAGUGCACAACAAGAAGGCCUGCGCCAAGUGUCCCUUCCUGGCGGACGAUCAACAACAACUGGCGCUUCAUUUGCGCGAUGCCCACCACAUCGAGAGUCGCAACUUAAAAGUACCAUCCGGAGUGAACCGCGGUGGGUUCGCAAGUGGGGCGCCGCAAGCGACACCGGGAGGCGCUGUAGGAGCGACUGGCUCAGUGCAGGGGUCUGGCGCGCAGGCGGUGAGCGCUGCGACCGUGAGCGGCGCUGGCGGGGCGGGUGCGGUGCCAGGCGCGGGCGGCGCGGUUGGUGGGGCGGGCGCGGCAGCUGGCGGUGUGCGGCGGCGCGAGAGCAGGGCGGCGGGUGCAGCGCGACUUUUCGGUUAUCUGGAGGCUUCGGACGGGUCGGGUGAUGAAUACGAGCCGCCGCCGCUGCCCGCCGAGUUCGGCGCGACACCGCACUACGCGCGUGACAAAGAAAACGCCGCGCCUCCGCCGCUGCACCACGCUCUGCAUCACGACCACUGCCUCCGCUAUUAGUCACGCUACCUUCUCCGCCGACAACAAUAAACGUUCUGUACCAUAUUA